AGACACACCACAGCUAGAGGAGUCUCCCACCUGUCAGAGUUACUAUGGAUUCAAGGGUGUACUUAACCAUUCCAAAGGAACACAUGAAGGAGCUGAACAAAAUGGGCCAAUGGGUUCAUGGUCUUUUCCUUGAGAAGAUGAACCCCUAUGUGACCAAAGAUGUUAUCGAGUCUCACUUUGAAAAGUGGGGGGUGGUGACCUUCUGUGAUGUGAAAAUGGAGUACACCACGGGCUUCCCCCGAGCCCUGGGCUACGUGUGUUUUUCCAGUGAAGAGGAGGUAGAUACAGCACUGGCCGCAGGGCCCCAUAACCUGGCCGGCAUGGAGGUGGACAUCAAGAGAGUUGUCAGUCCAAAGAAAAACAAGGAUGUAGGCCUAACAUACAUGCCCCACAGAUGGACCACGACAGAGACAAGCAACGAUCAGACAUACACAUCAUACAGGACUGUCUAUGAGGAGGACGUCGGACCUAUCAGCCCAAUGAAAAGUGAUGGUAUGACAUAUGUUUCCCACAGAAGGAUUUCAGCAGAGAAAAGUGAUCCUAGAUACAUCUCCCACAGAAGGACUUCAGCAGAGACAGGCAACGACGAUAAGACGUACGUCUCACACAGGACUGUCUAUGAGGGGGACAUCAGACCCAUCAGCCCAAUGAAAAGUGAUGGCAUGACAUACGUGUCUCACAGAAGGAUUUCAGCAGAGAAAAGUGAUGACAUGACAUGCCCUACAAAAGGACUACUGUGGACAAGCCCUACAAAAGGACUACCAUGGAGGCAGAGUCUAGGAGGGUUGUCAAAUGCACAUAAAGCUCAACAGUGACUGCUCACUCUAGUUCCGGAAGUAUAAAUCCCAGUAAUGUUCUCCAUUGUGAAUUGGAUUCUCAGAUAUAGAUAUAAGGGACUGGUUCAAAUUGAAAUGUUAUAAAAUAAAUCACCAAAUACCUGACUUAUAAAUUAAUACAAGUAAACUACGGCCUUGAACAUGCUGGCCUCCUCUGCACUGCUCAUUUACAACUUAUCUUUCAUGCUACUGAGAGUAAGGAUUGGUGGUAGAGAGUGGUUAUGAAGGACGCUGAAUGGAAAGACAAUUUCCGCACAUCCAAUGCAUCAUUUAAAAAGCUGUCAUGAUGGAGAGGGUCCUGUCACUGUCUGCAAACCUGUGCAUCUGCAUAUUGGAAUUGCAGUUGCCCUAAAUUUAGCAGGUAUGGAGGAUACUGGAUUAUCGCAAACCAAUUUGGUGUCCAUAAAUGCACCUUAAAGUUUUUCAUAAUUUUUUCUUGCAAAGGCAUGAUAUCAGAUAGAAGUAAUAAAAACAAAACGAAACAAAACAAAAAGUUGUAAAAUAUCAUUGAAUGUUAGCACCUAAGGAAUUCAUUUCUAAACUCAUUUUUGAAAUAUUUUGUAUAUUUUUUAUUUAAUGAGUUCUAUCUCCUGCGAUAAGAGUCAAAAAGAGAUGGAUUUUUUCAUUUGAUAAACAGAACUGAUACAU